UACCUCUAGAGGUCAUCAGGCAGGAUUUACGACUGGACAACAAAAGCACGUGAUGUGAAGCCGUACCCCAUAUUUGGGUGCCUACGUAGGAGGGAACCAAGUACAUGUCCCAGUCAUUUCCAUAAUUCAUCAUAAAUUGUGCAAGGGUGCUAUAGACGCACAAAACGACCAAGAGCCACAAAUCAAGCACACAUAUCAAAAAACAAAUGAGCUCUUAUUUUGUAAACUCAUUUUGCGGUCGCUAUCCAAAUGGCCCGGACUACCAGUUACAUAAUUAUGGAGAUCACAGCUCGGUGAGCGAGCAAUACAGGGACUCCGCCAGCAUGCACUCCGGCAGGUACGGAUACGGCUACAAUGGCAUGGACCUCAGCGUCGGGCGCUCUGCUUCCACCCACUUUGGUGCCAAUGAGAGACCCCGCAGUUACCCGGCCAACACCACCUCUGCCUCGACAGAGCCCAGGUACAACCAGCCCGCGACGUCUUCCCACUCGCCUCCCCCUGACCCUCUGCCCUGCACCGCCGUGGCCGGUUCGCCUGUCAGCGAGAGUCACCACGGGGUGAAAAACUCCCUCGCCAACUCCACCAGCACUUCGUCCAAUUCCAGCAGCAACACGCACAUCAGCAGAGACGGGGUUGGCACCUCGUCUGGGACUGAGGAAGACACUCCAGCAAGCAGCGAGCAGGCAAGUGCCCCGACCGACCAAAGCACAGCCCAGCCUUCACAGCCCCAGAUCUACCCCUGGAUGCGAAAACUACACAUAAGUCAUGACAACAUAGGGGGACCAGAAGGGAAAAGGGCUCGGACUGCUUACACCCGCUAUCAGACCUUGGAGCUCGAAAAGGAAUUUCACUUCAAUAGAUACCUGACCCGCAGAAGAAGGAUUGAAAUAGCACAUGCUCUUUGCCUCUCAGAGAGACAAAUAAAGAUCUGGUUCCAAAACAGGAGAAUGAAAUGGAAAAAGGAUAAUAAGCUGAAAAGCUACGUGUGCCUCCUGGCCAUUCAAAUUGUCAGGUUUAGGGACAGAAGUAUCCAAACCACAAGUUCUCAGUACUAUGUGAAAAAUGGCUCCUUGCAAGUCAAAGCGAACCAAUUGACUGUAACUUGUAGCAUUAAUACAAGAGACUACAGGUCAUUAGAGUGCUGCAAAUUAUGAAAUACGGGCUUGGUUUAUUGAAGAUUGUAAUAUCCCCCUAGCUCUGCUCUCUCCCCUUUCUUGCCUUAUAUUGCUGGCUGCCAUUGUGGGGUAGGCCCCAGCUGCGUGUUUACUUCAACAUUCUUUUUAUUUAAGUGGACUGUUCUCACUAGAGUGUGAUUACUCAGCAAUAAACUUUAUGGCCGGAUUUAACUUCAGUCUUUGAAUUUCCAGGACUUGAAUGAAAGGGUGAAAGGAACUCUAUCUUUCUCUGAGUAACAUUAAGGCCUGAUCCUUAUCCUCAGAGCUGUUACUUUGUGAAGUGAUCUCGGGGUGGGGAGGGAGGUAUAAACAGACUAGUCAGAGGCUAGGGUAGAAUUUUGAGAAUUGCCUGUUAUCUAUCUAUCUAUCUAUCUAUCUAUCUAUCUAUCUAUCUAUCCAAACCAGCUGUGGCUAUCUCUUUCUCUGCAUAGGUUUGGAGCAACAUUGAUUCAGCAGAUUGCAUUGUUUUCCUUUAUGUGUCAUAAAGUCGGGUUUGCAAAAGAAUAGAGUGGUUUGAUGUGAGAGAUGGGCUUUGUUUUAUUCCGCUAGUGCUAUGCCAUUUGAAUGUUGUGGUUUAGGCUGGUUUGGCUACUGUGAGCAAAAAUGGGAGAAGCAUAGGGUUUUAGGAGGGAAAGGUUGUUGUGUACCUCUGCAUAUUGCUGGCUGCUUCCUAUUUUUCAUUUCUUUGUCUGUAACUUAAAAAAA